UUGGAAACAUGCUUGGGUUGGCAGCUGCCCCGUUAUGCUGGUGCUCUUCCUCACAGCAGCAGUGUCCUCACAGUGCCCGUGUCCUUCUGGACACUGCUGCAAAUGAGGGGUUCCCUGAGAGCCCCGUGCCCUUGAGGUGUGGGGGGAGACAGCUUGGAGGAGCCCCCAUCCUUCUUCUUGACUUUGCGCUCUGACAUAGCACUUUGCGAGCCGUAACAACGCGUCACUCGGGGCCAUUAAUAUCUUCAUUUGCUCUUGGAGGGGCAGCUGGUGUGUUUGGUUUGAGAUGAAGUGCCUUGUAUUGAGGUGCAGCGCCUGGUGCCCCUGCAGGAAUCCGCACCCCCAGUAACUGGCUCUCCCCUCCCAGGUGGAUGUGACAGCCAUGGUGCGGCUCUUCGGCUAUGUGGAUGUGACCGACGCUGGUUUCAUUGCAGCUGUCCUCUCCAUUGCCUUCAACCCGCUCUUCUGGAACGUGGUAGCCAGAUGGGAGCACAAAACGCGAGCACUCAGCCAAGUCUUCGGCUCUCCACGUGCUGCCUGCUACUGCCUGGGUGCUGUUAUCCUGAUGCUUAACUGUGUGCGGAGUCAUUGCUUCACAGAAGCCAUGAAGAGCCAGCCAAAGCUGGAGGGCUUGGACUCCCACUGGGCCUAUUACUUGGGCUUGGCCAUCUUGGCUUUAGGGACCUUGUUUGUCAUCUCCAGCUUCUUAGCACUGGGAUUCACUGGGACAUUCCUAGGUGAUUACUUCGGCAUCCUGAUGGAAGCAAAAGUGACCAGCUUCCCCUUCAGCAUCCUGGAUAAUCCUAUGUACUGGGGCAGCACAGCUGUCUACCUGGGUUGGUCCCUCAUACAUGCAAGCCCAGCUGGCCUUUUGCUGACAGCUGUAGUGGCAAUUUCCUACACAAUCGCAGUGCUGUAUGAGGGGCCUUUCACAGAGGAAAUAUAUCGACGGAAACAGAAGGGCAUGAAGAACAAGUAGCAACAGCAGUGUCUCGGAUACCUCGGCACAGUGUGCCUCUGGUCCCCACGCUGUCUGAUUUGCCCGUUUUCCUACUGAGAUGUAUCCUACUAAUUUGCCCAGCAACACUUAAUGAGCCAACUGAGCACCCGGUGGUAUUUGGAAGUGAUCAGAGGAACAGCCCGAGCAUGGCGGCACCUGGAGGUCCCUGUCCCCAGGUCCUUAUUCCCCAUUGCUGGGUCACUGCAGCUCCUGCCGUGAAGGCGACGCUCUCCCAGGAGCUGCGUGGCUCAGGACCUCCCGACCUCUCCUCCCGCACUUAUUAUUAGAGAUCUACAGGGGAAAAAGCAACCCAGCUCCAGCCCCGAACUGGAGGGCAAGCAGAGGAAUGAUGGAGACACUGGGGGCCUUUUGGAAGCAAGCUCUGAGCGCAAGGAAGCUCUGGCUCUGGCUGAUCCUGAUGAUCAUCUGAAGAUGCUGCCAGAGAGCUACGGGAAGCAAAUAAAAGCUCAGGCAAAGCCACAGAGAGGGCUCAGGAACACCUGAGCUGUUCACACACAGUUGGAGAAGGAAGAGGGGAAACUGCUGCAAACUCAACAAAAAAACCUGCUGCAAACCCAACAGCAAAACCCCUCUUUCUGGGAGGGGGAAGCUGCCCUGUCCAGAACUGUGAUUUCCCAUCGGUACAGGGCCCUGGAGCAUCUCUGCCCUGUUCGCAAAAGGCUUUAAGAAAGAUGAAAAACACGUAGAUGUGGAUGAACAACCUAAAUCACUGCACGAGGGGGAUGGAGGGCAUCCCAUGGGGAAACCCCAGCAUGGAGAAGACCAAGGAGAAGAGUCAGUCUCCACACAGGCCGUGCAGAUAUCCCAUCCCUGGACCCCCUCCACACCCUCCCAGCCCUUCCUUUUCCCCAGGGGCCACGUGAGGGUCCUGCCUUCCCCACCACCCAGUGCCUUCCAGCUAUUUUCACUGCCUUGCAGGGGCAGUGGGUGGCAGGGAGGGGAAGAGCUGCUUCUGUCUUCUGCCCUGUGCAGCAGCUGGGUACAGAUCUGCCCCUCUGCCCCUGCCACCAGCCUCGGUGAGUCCCAAAGAGCCCAGUGCUGGAUCCUGCCCUGACGGGAAGAUCCCAGGGGUGAUGCUUCAGACUCAGGCUCAGUGUUUAUAGAUUCCCAGAACAGUUUGAGAAAUAAGCUGUAAAUGACCAAAAAAAAAAAAAAAAAGAAGCCGUGUCAAGCUGCCGGCAGUGGCUUUGGAGAAGGGGAGCUGCGCCGCUGCUGGCUCCUGUGCCGACACCAGGAUGCAGUGCCACGUCUCAGCGUCGCGUUGUCCCCUCUGCAGAGGAGGGUCCUUCCUUUUCUCAGUGUCACCUCUGCGAAACAGUCUGAUUUCCCUUUGCUUUUGCAUGUUGUAAUUCACCCUUUGGGCAUUACUCAGCAGGAAUUAAAAGCGUUGGUUUCUUUACA